ACAAGAAUUAUAACUAUUUUGAAACUCGACUGAAUAAAUUAUCAUCAUGCGUCUAUUAGAAUUACUAUAUUGUUCACGUUUUUAUAAAAUUUACAAAUAUGUAAUUCUAUCCGUGAAUUUACAUUUUAUGGACAUUUAGAAUUUCAUACAGUAUAGUUGAAUGGAUAUUUAUAAUAAUAAUAAAUGCUACAUUGUUGAUUUGGUGCAAACCAUAUAUAGAAUGCCAUAUUUCAGUAGUAUAAUUUUUUUAUAAUUUAAUUUCCAACUAGGUAAUAUAAAAUGCGCUAAUUUUACUUGUAUGAUCUUUUGAGUUUUUUUUUUUUUGAAUGUACUACUGCAAAAGUUGAGUAAAUAUUAGAAGUGAUCAUUCAUUCCCAUUGUGCAUUGUUCGAAAUACGCCUUCGAAAUGUUAUUAAAGUUUCAAAACUGAUAAAUUGCAUUUGAAUUUAUACCUAAAUCAUUUUUGUAGAGGAAAUUAGCAUGCCUCGUGCUUCAAUCCAACUACAGUACUUUAACAUAAGGAUAGUUUUUUAUUCACUUCCAUACAUUUCCGCCUUGACUUUCAACAAAGUUUUCUAUUCUGAUAUAAGUGUGUUAUAUGGAACAAAAUUGUGCCUAUCCAAAACUUGACACACAGUUUUCCAAAAAUUAAUUGAUUGUAGUAUCGGCAAACUAACAAUUUACCUACGGUAAAUGGCUUGUUCAAAACAUAUACCGUACUUGAGCAUUUUGUGUGUUGAUUUUUAUUUAGACAAAUAUUUUUUAGAUAUUAUUUGUCUCUUUCAUCUUUGUCUAUUUGUAAUUGAAUAAUAAUUGGUGGUUACUUUUCAUUAGUCGCAGGUUUCUUGAUAUGGCAAUAUUAGUUGCCUUGUUUAGUAAAAUCAGACAAAUCUUCUCCAGUUAUGUGUUAAUGACACCUGAAGACUCAAACGCAAGUCCUUUUAUUAUCGGUAGCAGUUUAUAUUCAAUGCCUCUCAUUUAUUUGAUCAUUUUGGGCUGUGUCGUCCUGAUUGGAUAUUUCUGCUGGCAAAGUUAUAGGCAAGAGUUGAAUGAAGAAAAAUUACAGGAGCAUGCUGCUUCUUCAGAUGAAAACUUUACGAGUUAUAAUUUGGCUUGGUUAAAUAAAUUGAUCAAUUGGUCAUACAUCAGCUCACCGUCUGGCACUCCUGAUGCUAUCAAACGUUGGAUGGAAGAUGUCAAUAUAAACUUGGCCAAAAGCGAGAGUCCAAUCAAGAUACUUGUAUAUGGGAUUCGAGAAGGAUCAGUUCCACCAUGGAUCAGGGAGAUUGGACAGUUUCAAAAAGUACGGGAUCAUGUUGAAAUUCCAGUGUUAUUUGACGUUCAAGAAUUUGGAUUAACCGUCAGUGUGCAGGAGGAAGAUGGUGGCAAAAUAAUUGCUUCUACAUACACAGCUGUUGUGACGCAAUUUAGUUGCUGGUAUAAAGCAAUCAUUUCACGAAUUGAUGGCAACGUUCUGGCAAAGUUGGAGCCAGAUUUGGAACGGCCUCACACUGUCAACUUCAACAUGAAAUUAUUAUCAGACCAGAAAAUAUCAACGACUGUGCCAGAGGUUGUCGCCGACAUGAUAAAGGCCGGAGUUUUGAAAACACCAUUUUAUGUCAAUGUUUCUACAUGGGGUCCUGUGAUCCCUAUGACUAAAACAAGACGACGCUCUUCCAAUACUCCAGAGAAAAAACUUAAACGUAAAGAUGACAAUGGGAACACUAUUUCUAUUAAGGAACAUGCCGCAGUUGGAAAUUUUGCAACACCGAAAGCCGUCCAUACCUUGAUGCCAGAGACUGAGACAUUCAGCACUCCUGCUGCAAAUAUAGACGGUGAUAUGCAAAUACGAAAAUCCAGUACAAUGCCUAUCGAAACAUCUCGUGUAUUAUCUGAUCAUUUGAAAGCAAAAAAUGGUCUGAGUGGAAGCUUGGGAUCUCUUGUUGGAAUAAAGCGUACUCCAUCGGGACGAGGUCCUGCUAAACCUAUCCGGGCACGAGAGAAAAGACUUAUUAUAAAAGUGAUAAAUUCAAACGGUCUUCCAAAUAAAGGAGUUCUAUAUUGCCAAGCAACAUUAGAUUUUCCUCAUCAGAAAUGCAAAACUAAUCCAGUUGAAUCCAGUUCUAACCUGUCAUGGCCAAAUCAUGAUUUGACUUUUGAUCUAAGUGCUAGAUCUUCUGAAGUGAAACUUGUUCUGUAUAAAACUGUGAACAGUAAUGAACAACUGGCAGAUUCAGCCAUUGCCAGUACUGUUCUAUAUCUUGAUAAGAUAAAUAUUGAUGAAGCAACAGAAUUGUCUCUUCCAUUGAAAACUGUUGACAAGGAACCUGCUGAUAUUAAGAUCAAGCUUGAUUUCACCGAAAACCCUGUCGAUGUGAACUGUAGCAGAGAUUUGUCACAAAAAUUUUCAUCACCUCGUCGUUCUCUCGAUCUUUCUCUCAUCAGUAAUCAUCUGCCGCCUAUGACUGAUGAAAAGGCUUCAUAUUUGAAAGACAGAGCUUCCACUAUUUCUUCAUUUUCAAGUGACAACUUGUCACUCAGUGGUUCUCAAAGGGAUACCUCUCCAAGCACAACUGUACGUACUGAAACAACCAAAAAAGUUUCACCAAAAAGAACAUCAGACAGAGAAAAUAUUCAUAUCAGUAAAAAUGCUCCAAAUAUGAAGGAAAAUAUUGGACUGGAGUUGACUCUAGAUGUGGCAACAGUGGAAGGAUCAGUGGCUGAAACAGUUAUGAACGAUCUUUCUAAAGACUUGAGUUGUAAAGUGGCUGAACCAAGUCCUGAAGUGAAAGGAAAAAUCAGAGGAAAAGUGGUUAUAACUGCAAUAAAGAAGACCAACAUCGAAAGUGAUGCUGAUACCGAAGUACAACCAAUAACCAAUGGGCAUGAAGAAAACACAAGUGAUGCAGAGAAUGUUAAGAAAACAGAAAAACUGGCAACAGGAGAUGACAUGUAUUAUAGUUUGAGUUCUAUUGAAACACCGACAAGUUCUGGAACUACUUCUCCUAGAGAUGAGGUUGUAAAUAAAGAACCGAAACAACCGGUUGUUGAGGUGGAACAGCCACAGGAACAAUCGAUAGAUUCUGUGAAACCGAAGAAGAGACAUUUAAGAAAUAGUAAAAGACCAAAAAGCUUGGUCUCUGGAGUGGAAGCCAAACAUAUUCCUGAAAACAAUGAAACAAAGGAGUGGCCGAAAGUACGACGCAGCAGAAGUCUGAUAUUCGGAAAAGGGAAAAAGAAACAAUAUAAAACCGGAUCUGCAACUGAUUUGCACAAGCAUGCAAAUGUAAAGGAUGAUAAUGCUUCCAAUGGUUUUGAAGAUGAUAAUACAGUUGUAGUACCUGAGAAUGAACUACAAAAAAAUAAGAAGAAAAAGAGCAAAAGUAUCACCAAGAUAUUUUCGAAAUUGGGAAGAAGGCCUUCAAUUAAGAAGACGAGGAAAGACUCCGACAUUGUGGAAGGUGAAAUAAGUUUUGUAGAAGGAGGAAAAAGCUCAAGAAACAACAGUUUGAAUAAUCCAGGAGAAACAGAAGAACACAAAAACAUUCUCAUAACUCCUCCUGAGAAACCAGGAUCUUCUGUCGGCAGCGAAUCUGAAUCUUUCAUCUCAGAUGCAACUGCCACUCCAUCCUUAUCGAACUCAUUCAAUUCUUCAUUAACUGAUGAUAAAUCUAUCAAAAGGAGCAAAAGUCUGAGGAAACGGUUGUUUGGAGGAAAAAGAAAGACAACGAAGAAUUGAAUGAAAUGUUUCCAUGAUUCACUCAUUUUCUGUCAAUCAUGUUUUAAAAACACAUUUGGGAGAAGGGCUAAAAAACGAGAGAUUCAAAUCAUACUGAAUUCGAAAUUUUCACAAACUCAUUACAGAGCUCAUUUACUUUGUAUAUGAAAUAGCAAAGAUGAAAAUUCACUGUUCAACAGUCGCGUAAUAACUGAUAGCAUACUCAAGAAGAUCAUUUUUAUAAACACAUCAUGUAACUUGUAUCCAUUUUGUAUCUAAAGAUAGCUUCCUGCAACAUAUAACUACGUUAGAAAGAUGAAAGUUCACAUUGCAAAACAAGAAUGUAAAAACUAGUAAUAUACUAAAAUUCACCAACAUUCUACACAGCAUUUACACUGUUCAACAAUAGUGUAAUAACUGGUAAC